CACGACCGACCGCGGCAAGCAGUACUCUGGAGGAGAGACUGCUGCCCCUUUAAGUAACAAACGAUUACAAGUAAACAACUUCAAUGAGGAUUUAUUGGAAUUUUGCAGGAACAUUUACCGUGAAUGUGAAGAUAACUGCAUCUCAAUUGUGUGGAACGGGGUAAUUUUUGGGUAGCGCACGAGAGGGUUACUUGCUAGCUGACUGGUUAGCAUCGUUCUCGCUAACUAAACAUGGUGGCCAGUGAACGAAAAUAGCUCUAAAAUAUUUAAGAAAAGCUUAUUGUUGAAUGGUGAGACAUUGUUGUAACCUUUUUACACAUACUAAAAAUCUUGGCUGGAUUUGCAGACUUCAAAUGCACUUUUCGGUUAAUCUGAAUAUCCCAAAAGGAGUCAAACUGCCCCGACACAAUUGCCAUGCAUUGGACAACCCGUUUGAAAAGUUAUAAUUAACGUUACGUUUUCGUUAUGUUCUACAAUGUAUUAUAUAUAGACGAACACAAACCUUUAACAACGAUUUCGAAUGCACAUUAGGAUUUCUCUCGUGGAACACCACUCUCUCAAUUCCAAUGUGACCAAGGUUGUAACAUUGUUACUGAGCUGAGAUAACGGCUACAAAAUAACCUUUUUAUUCUGCAGAGAAAUCAUUUGCUCAUCUGUACUGGAAAGAUUGUUUCAUUAAAGAAUUUACCACUGUUUGGCAAACAUUUCUACUCGUACUGAGAACAUGCACUGCGAGACGUUAUGGAUUAUCACGUAGUCCGACACGCACACAAUCCAGAAUUUGGGAAUUGGAACCAAGUGAUGGUUUUCAGAUUUGGGAUUUUAAGAUGCUUCACACAAGACAUUGUUUACCUUCAAUAGAAUUUAGAGGACUUGCAGAGAAAAUUACAUGGAGACUCGUCUGACAUGCCAAGGAAGGAGUUACCACUACCAGAGGGUUGGGAAGAAGCCCGGGAUUUUGACGGGAAAGUCUACUUCAUCGACCACAUCAAACACGCUACUAGUUGGAUUGAUCCAAGAGACAGAUUCUUCACCGUCUGAAGAGAUGAAGAGAUGUCUAGCCUGGUGUCGUCCUCUUCAGACAGACUGGAAGAGGUCUUGCAUUCCAAUGAACAACCAGCAGACUAAACCUCUGACAUUUGCUGACUGCAUUGGAGAUGAGCUGCCUGUGGGUUGGGAGGAGGCCUACGACCCCAAUGUCGGGGCCUACUAUGUGGAUCAUAACACAAAGAGCACUCAGCUGGAGGACCCGCGGGCCCAGUGGCAGCGGGAGCAGGAGGUCAUGCUGCGGGAGUACCUGGACGUGGCCAAGGACGCGCUGAGCGCCCAGAAGGAGAUUUACCAGGUGAAGGAGCAGCGCCUGCGCCUGGCCCAGCAAGAGUACCUCCAGCUCAACAACGCCUGGAGGGACAGGUCCACCUCCCAGACCAGCUUGAAUUCCAGAUCAUCCUCCAGCAGUAAAUAUGACCCAGAAAUCCUCAAAGCCGAGAUUGUCACUUCCAAAAGUAGGGUGAAUAAGCUGAAGAGAGACCUAGCCUGCAUGAAACAAGAGUUGCAGUACAAAGAGCAGGGCUUUGAAACGCUGAAAGAGAUCAACCACAAGGUGUCCAGCGUGCCUUACGGUGUCAAGCUUCACGAUGAGCAGGCCACCCUGAACGAGGUCAAGUCCAUCCGGGACGCCAUCAGCUCCGGGGAGAAGGAGAAACAGGAGCUCAUGCAGAAACUAGCAGUGCUUAAGGAUGGCUUCCAGUUGGACUCGGUGGGUUCUCAGUCUGACCUGUGGGGCAGCAGCCCCUCCCUGGCCAACUCUGAGCUGUACAUCCCCCGCGUCUACUCCGAAGCCGGAUCCCAGACCAACAUACCUGCUGAGUUUGUGACCAACACCAACAACUUGGCAGAGAAGGUGCGACUGAGCCUGAAGUAUGAAGAAGCAAAUAGAAGGAUUGCCACCAUCGAGGUGCAGAUAGCCAAGCUGGACAGUGAGGCGUGGCCAGGGCUGCUGGACCCAGAGCGUGACCGCCUCAUCCUCAUCAAUGAGAAGGAGGAGCUACUCAAGGAGCUGCAAUACAUCAAGCCUUGCAAGAAAGUGCCCAAUGACCAGGAAAAGAUAGAGACACAAAAGAAAAGGCUUGAGAGAGACCUGCAGACUGCCAGGGACAACCAGAGCAAGGCCUUGACCGAGAGAUUAAGAUUGCACUGUAAGAGGAACAAGCUGGUGAGAGAGCUGGAGGAGAUGGUUCGCCUGGCCUCAUCAUUACACACUCAGCUCAAGAGUCUUUCGGCCAGCACACUGUCGUGUUCCUCAGGCAGCAGCCGUGGCUCUCUGACCUCCAGCCGGGGCUCUUUGGCCACCACGUCAUCCCUGGGCUCCACCUCCUCCCUGAGCUUCACAGAUAUUUACCUGGAGCAGCCUGAGCUGGGAGACCCAGACUUCCAGAACAAAUUGGACUCCCUACUGCAGGAGGGUGGCCCGGGGGUCAGCUACCGGCCCUCCAGCUCAAUCACCACCAUCCACGAACACGAGGUGGUUGCUGGGGGAGAGAGAGCGGGCGACAAGGGGGGUGUUGUCGGUGGGGGAGCAGAGGCCAGAACCAGGCUACAGGCGCUGAGACUAUCAGAGACGCCAAGGUCGAUCAGUUCACUGUCGCCGAGGUCUUCGACGUCGUCACUCUCGCCGCCCUGCUCGCCGCUGGUCACGGACUCUAUAUUCCUCUCCGGGGAGAGGUUUGCGGGACCAGGGGGCCCAGGUGGGGGACUGGACAUGGAGCUGCAUAGCAGGCUGACUGAGCUGGGGCUGGACAAGGGGGAGCAGCAGCACCCUGGAGGGGUGGAGCAGGAUGCCACUACCAUAGCUGGAGAGAUGUUUAAAGAUGCCAUAGUGCAAGCCAGAGGGACGGUGGGGGCGGGGCCUAAGAAGAUGGGCGUGAUGUCAGCAGUGUCUGAUGAGUCGGUUGCGGGUGACAGUGGGGUGUAUGAGCCCUCAGAGACGAGGUCAGUCCUCCCUGCAGAGCUGCUGCUGGGCUAUGAGGAGAGGGGAGGACCACUAGGCUGUGCCCAGGUCAGACUGGGCCUGAAGUACGAGGUGAAAGACAAGCGCUUCACCAUGUUCGUCAUGCAGCUCUCCAAUUGCAGCGUCCUCGUACUGCCACCAGACCACAAAAUAUACAUCCGUGUGGCGGUGCUCCCGUGCUCAGAGUCCACCUGCUGCCUCUUCCGGACGCGCGGCUCUCUACCCCAGGACAUUGUGGAGGUCAACGAAGUCUUCGGUGUCCAGAUGGCCCACAAUGCCCUGCGGCAGAAGACCCUGAGGGUGGACAUAUGUCACACCAGCCUGUCUGGCCGUGAGGAGUGUCUUGCUGGUGCUCAGAUAAGCCUGGCUGAUGUCAACACCUCUGGGGAGAGAUGUGUCAAGAGCUACAACCUCCUCAGCUACUCCUUCAUGCCCCAGAUCAAUAACAAGGACAAGACUGGGACGGCUCGGCAGUCUGAAAGGAGCUCUGUCCCCACCACAGAGAGAGUAGCAGGCAGUCUGGAGGGUGACCCAGAGGAGGAUGAAUGGCACAGCGAAGAGCUGGAAGGUGAAGUGUUUGAAGACGAAGAAGAUGACCACAUAGAGGGGGCAGGACCUCUAGAGGAAGAGGAGGGGCUUUAUCCUGACAGCAGCCAUUGGGAGGGAGAGGAAGUGACAACCAAACCGACUGGAACAGGAACCCUGGCUGAGAGGGUGAACAAGGAGACCAGUACCGGCCACCACCACCAUGUCUCCUCCUCGGUGGUCCGGCCAAAGGAGCGUCGGCCCCACCAUGUUCCCCAGCAGAAUGCCUUCUUCCAGGGCAACACCAUCAUCCGCUCCAAGACCUUCUCCCCUGGGCCCCAGAGCCAGUACAUCUGCCGGAUCAACCGCAGUGACAGUGACAGCUCCACUCUGUCAAAGAAGUCUCCUUUCGUCAGGAACGCAUCAGAGAGACGCAGCAUGCGCAUGAAGAAGCCCUCGGUGCCGGUGCGGAGCCUGGACGGGCUGCUGCGGACCAGUCUGGACCUAGAGCUGGACCUGCAGGUGUCCAGGACGCGCCACACGCGACUGGCCCAGGAGCUGCGUGUCCUCAGGGAGCUGAAGGAGCAGCUGGAGAGAGCCCGGCAGCAGGGAACCAGAGAUCUCCCCACCUGGGUGCAGGACGACGAGCGCUUUCGUCUGCUUCUCAGACAGGCCGAGAAACAGACCCGUGAGGAGCAGCUGCAGGAGCAGAGGGUGGAGAAGAUGAUGCGUGCUGCGGCCAAGGACGUCCACAAGCUCCGAGGCCAGAGCAGGAAAGAGAUGCCUGAGGUCCAGUCCUUCAGAGAGAAGAUGGCCUUCUUCACUCGAGCAAAGACCAACAUCCCUGAUCUGCCUGUCGACGAUGUGUAGCGCAUUUCAAGUAUUCCAGUCUUAACUGCUGUUUCCAAGCAGAUGACUCUGACGCAGACUUCUGGUGGUAUUAUGAAGAAUGGAGAAUAAUAAAAUAAUAAUGUAUAGGAAAAAAUACCGUCACAUUUUUUUUUAGAUCUCAGAGUUGCUAAUCUGUAUAGUUGUUUGUGUUAGCAACUAGAUCAUUGUUUUCUUCCACUCUUUCUGUAGCAGUAUUGUUACUGUUACUAAUAAUCGGAUGUUGGAAGAGACCGUUUAGAUGUUUUAUGGUAAAAUCGUAAUUCCAAUACACACCAGCCCUUUCUGUGUGGAAUUUGAAAAGAUAGAGAAAUGCUGUUCUGUUCUUUAGCCAGGACCACUUAUUUGUUGUAGUCUAAGAUGUGAAUAUUGACCCCCAGAGGUACUUUAAAUUAUAUAUAGCACAACACAUCUACAAAAUCAAUAUUGUUAUUGUAUGAUGGUGUACUAUGACCGAAUGUGUGGUUGUACAGUAUACUGAAACUGGCUGUCUGUACCUAGUCACACUGCACAUGGUUCUCAUAGUAACCCUCACUGGUGCACACACCAUCUCUCAGCAUUGUGUAGGAAGUGCACUGACUCUCACCUAUACUCAGGUAGUUUAUUGGAUAGUUUGUGCACUUUUAAAAUGGUAAUCUAUAAAAGAGGAUGGAGGCGUUGAAGAAGUGGGAGGAGUGCUCCACUUCAGAGUGAUUGUUGAAUCACCGCCUAACAAAGCACAUGAUUGUGAAAGACAAAAGAAGUGGAGGAGAUAACUCUUGUAUUUAAUGAAGAUCAUUGCUGGUGAUAAACUCCCCAUUGACUGUAUGAUUUAAAACGGUAGUGAAGUGAUCCAAAAACCAUGGAAUAACUGAGGACUCUAAAGUAUAUCUUAGCCUGAAGUUUGAUCACUUUUCCUGCUCUCAUCCCUUUUACCCCUUCCCUUAAAUUCUUUGUAACUGGACAUGUUGAAGACCCAUACAAACAGUAUCCCAAUUGUUCUUCUGCUAUCUUUUUUUGCAUCUCUCAACUGGACUUUCUAUAUGUAAACCUUACCUUAUCACACUAACUGGGAUAUUUGUCGAUGAGCCCCCUUCCAAAGAGGAUCUUCCCUUCCAGUCUGGGACAGUACUAGGGACCCCUGUUACACUGGCAAAGAUUUAGUACAUACAGAAAUGAAAAAGAUCAGGUCUGCCUCUGUAUCCAUCCUGCAUGGAGCAUUGUCUCAUCAAUGACCACAGGAAUUGGCGAGACCGCACAAAAAGAUCUGGGACGAGGCUACACUUCUAGUCUAGCAGCCAUGUUUCUCAAUAUAUAUCUCUGUAAGCAGACAUGACAAAGUCCUCCUGAGGAUUUCAUUUUAUCUCUGCAUGGUGCUCUCUAUGUGCCAGAGGUAUCGUUGAACAGGCUUACUGUUGCAAGUACAUAUCUGGCUCUGAUUGAUCACGUCUGUGAUCUUCACAGGUGACUAGUGGUGUCUGUGUUAAUGAAAUGUGAUGAAGAAGUGAAAUGUGUAAGUGGAUCAACUGGCAGUACAGGGAGAAAUCAGAGGGCUUUUAACUAGGCUACUGGAAACGGUACAGGAAGAAAUCAGAGGGCUGUAACUAGGCUACUGGAAACGGUACAGGAAGAAAGCUGUAGACUAGAUCAGAACAGUCAGCUUGCUACUCUGUCUCUGUAAACACUUAAUAAUGGAUGGCAUUUCAGAUGAUAGAGAUGUCUUGGAUGUUGGUUUGAAGGGGUGGUCAUAAGGGGAUAUGUACAAGGGCCCCUCUUCACAUGCUGAACACAUGCAAAUGUCUGGAGUGUUUUGGUGAUUUUAGAUGUUUGAGAUUAGUUUUGCUUUUCAUCAAAUCCUACUCUCCCACACCCUUUUUUUAUGUUGACCAAGCAUGAUUGUGUGAUACCAAUUAUAUUAGGCCUGAAUUACAAUCUAUUGAUAUUGGAGUAGCCAGAAAUGUAACCUACUUUUCAACAGAAACAUAGCUAGCUUCUUUCCCUCUGAAUAGAGCACUUUUUAGCACCAUACGUAGAGAGCACCCCAAGAUCUGAUAUACAGUCAGAGGCCACUUAAAGCUCAAUACAACAUUAGGCUAGUUCGAACUCUGUGAUGAUGUAGUGAUUUGUCCAAUCCACAACAGCCAGGAUGACUUUGAGACAGGUUCAUGCUUCAUAGAAUGUUGAGCAUAAUGACUCUGAAUAUGGAGAGGAGUCAGUGUGGAAUGAAAUCACAUGCCCAGCAUCUCAAUUUGUAUAAUAGCACAAGACCUUAGUCAGAUUUUUUUGAUGGUCAUGAAUUCGCACUAAUGUUCUGCGAAUGAUGAGUAGAGAUUCACUUGUGUCCAGUGUCUCACCCCAAUGGAUAUUGCUCUGUAGUUUGAAUACAUUCCAUGUUUCAUACCUUUACAGAUAGAAUAAUACCCCGAUUUGAACAUCAGAAAUGAUUUUCUACUCCACCCCAUACUAAUAAUGUUAGAUCAGACAAUUGAAUUCCUUCUCUGCUUUUUUCCUUACUGAUAGUCUGAAGUUCACAUGCCAUUCCAUAAUGCACUGGUUGUCUUUUGCCGCCUCCUUUGGUUUCAUGGCGUUUGCACAUUUAGUUUGCAUGCUGCCACAUAGUGUGUGGUCAAUCGCGUUACACGGCAAAAAAAGAGAAGUGGGAAAAGGAACAUAUCGCACCACCAACUAAAAGGCGCUGCAUGGUCAAUCCGAUGUCUGCAUGGUCAAUCCGAUGUCUGCAUGGUCAAUCCGAUGUCUGCAUUGUCCGUGCAGCAUUUAUGGUGAUAUGGCCUCUGCAGAAGUCGGGGCAGUGCAGAGCUGUUGUGAAGGAUGGGGUCAAGGAAGUGAGUUUGUGUUUAUACAGGACCUCCCGCCAUCACCUACCAUCAACCAAUCAUGUCAAUGCAGAGCAAUACGGAGCCCUCCGCAUUGUUACAAAAUUUGAGAGGGACACAGCAAUGCGUUACGGAGCUUGAUUUGGCCUCUGCAUGCCUCUGGAGGCUCCGCAAUUGCGUCACACCCUCCAUAUGAAGCCUCCAACCACAUUUUCGGAUCAAGCAUAAAUUGUCUUUAACCGUACACCUAUAUUCCACAAUUUCAUAAAAAUCACCACCCCAUUCCACUACUUUCACCCUAACUGAUCCUACACUAGG